GUCUGAUUAUGUCUUUGCUUGUACAUUAGGGUUUGGGAUCGCCGGAAAAUAAUAUUAGAGAAAGAAUUUGCACCGUUUCCGUAGAGGGAUAUGACAGUAGCCUUCCUCUGUAUCCGCUCAAGCUCAAGUUGAUGAAGCAUUUCGAUUUAUGCGGAAACCUGUCGCAAAUCUUUAUUCCACAGGACUUAAAAACGCGUACCCUCAAGACUCCUCUCUUCAUUGAUUUUUGUGGAGAAGGUCAGAGAGACAAUGCAUUGAAACUCAAUGGAAGUGACCUGGAAGGAUGGACUCUUGUCGUUAAGCCUUCUCCCCACCAGGAAGAUCGUCACCGAUUAAGCUACCUUUCCCGUAAAGGAGAACGCGAUCUGUAUGUUAAGGUAUAUGAUGUACCUUCUUCGGUGCGUGACAUUGAUCUCACGAUAGGCUUGUGUGACCAUUUCUCUUCAUGUGGAGAGGUCACCUGUAUUGAUCUUCUUGGCCACGGACCCUUUGAACACGAAAGACUUAAUUUGGUUACUAUUUUGGGAGAAGGAUGUGUAGAGAAGGCGAUGGAACGAAGUGGACGUAACGCACAAGGAUGGAAUAUUGUAAUUGCUUCUGUAUUCGGGCUACCUAGUCGUCGCAAUAAAGUAAAGCUUACUGGCUGUGAACAUCCAGAUAUUCUAAGUGCUGAGAUGGAGAAGAAGGAGAAGGCUAAGAUGGAGAAGAGGGAGAAGGCUAAGAUGGAGAAGGCUAAGAUAAAGAAGAUGGAGAAUCCUAAGAAGAAAAAGAAAACUACGAAGUAG